GUUGGAAUCCCGUGUUUUUAUCCGUAGUAGUUUUAUCCAUGUCCGGCCGUUUCUUUCAUAUUUAAAAUGAAAAAUUUACGGAAAUUUGUUCACCUUUUGUGUUUUAAAUCAGGCCAUAAUGUGCGUGGGCUUGAGAUUAAGAGUUACAACCUAAGGACGUACUGCCAAAUUUCUAAAGAGUCAAAAACGUCUGGAACAUCAGCAACUGAAAGCUUAGUAGAAAAUUUAGCUGUCCCAGAUUUUGUUUCAUCACUUUCGGCUGAGAAACGGCAGGAAAUAUUGCUUGAACUUCAUAAACUUGAAGCUGCAGAGGCUAGGAAGAAAGCAGAAGAUAAAUUGGCAUCUUGGAGAUGGAGGUCUCGAUUUGGUCGACCAUCUUCUGUGCACAAGCUGGGGGCUGAUCCGACUGGCACCUACUGUGCCAUUCCUGAAGGAUGGCUAAAAGAAAAAGCAGCAGUGGCAGCUAAACCAACUGCAAAGCAACUGCAACAAUUGGCUCUCUUCAAUGCACUGCCCUUUGUUGGCUUUGGCUUCCUUGACAAUCUCAUCAUGAUUAUUGCUGGCGACUACAUAGACGCGACCAUCGGCACGUUACUUGGCAUAAGCACAAUGGCAGCAGCAGCGCUCGGUAACACCAUCAGUGACUUGGCAGGCAUUGGGUCGGCCUGGUACGUGGAGUGGGCCGCUGAGAAAAUUGGUGUUACUGCUCCACCUUUAACACCUACGCAAAUGGAGACGCCUGGAGCGCGAUAUUCAGCUAAUGCCGGGCGGGCUAUUGGCGUGGUGUUCGGCUGCAUCCUGGGGAUGUUCCCUCUACUCUUCAUCACUUGCGGGAAAAAUCAAGAGUCGAAAAAAGAAGAAAAUGCCAAGCCGCCUGACGUGGUUGACGUUAAAAAGGCGUAGAUAACUUAACUUCUCACAAAUGUUCUUGAAUAACCUUCCACAAGAAGUUCGUUUACCGGAAGUUUAAUUUUAUACAAAUUAUAUGAAAAGUUAAGUUAUUGUAUUUUUCGUAUGUUUAAGUGACGGUCACGAAGUUUCUCAGUUUUUAUUGCGUACUUAUUAUAUUAAAGUCGAAUAAUCAUAUGAUUUGAUUUCAAAACUUUGUUUCAUGGCAGGUAGGAAAUCGAAUUUCGAUCGCUUUCGGAGGUUGAUUUUUGCAAAUUAUAAUGCGCACGGCUCAGAUUUGCUGGAUUUAUUCAUUCUUCUGAUGGCAGGGACAUAGCUUUCAGAGAUCCGUGUGGAUCUCUUAGAGUUUUAUAACCGCGCUGAUCACAAAGAAAAUGGAAUAUGAAAGGAACUGAUGUCAGCAAUGCAGAGUAAAUUUUAUUAAGUCAUUGAACAAUUGCCCCACCAAACUCGACUUAUUUUGAGUUGUUUCCGCUAUAUUAAGAAAUGUAUUGAAAAAAAUUUGAGGUCACAACGUAAAAUUUUUACUUGUGCCAACUACCUGUCUAGUCGUCUUUUCAUUCAUGGUUGCAAUCUUCCGCCUUUGUUUGCUCGUGACAUCGCUGCCUGAAUCACAUUGUUGAGACGAUCAACUUGUUACUAUUGCUGCUUAGGCGAGGCUUUUUCAGGGAUCGAAGUUGUUGCUCGCUGUUGAUUAGCCCGUCCAUGUUGUUAUCAUACUUGCUAGGCGCGAUGCCGAGGCUUGACACAUGAUCAUACUUUGCCGUAAUAUCUGCUAAAAUCGAUAAUGCUCACGAGAAGUUAUAAAAAUUCUGUGCAAGUGAGUAGGCUGACAAAAUUUAAAUGCCGGAUAUAUGACAAACUUAGCUCUCAAACUAAUGAAAGCCUAUCACAAACGUGCGCGCACAUUCUAAUUUAUUAUUGAA